AUGGCAGCUAAAGCUAUUCUUGUCCUUUGUGCUCAGGCACUUUUGGUUCAGACUGCAUUCAGCCAAUGCGCCGGCCGCUUCGGUAUCGACGGACCAGGUUUCUCUCCAUUCGGAUACGCAGGUUCCAUGGCUCCUGGCUUCUCUGGCCUUUCAUACGACGGCCUGGCUUACCCUGGAGCUGGUUCAAGAUUCGGUUAUGAUGGACUUUACGCCCCUGCUAUGGAUUUCACGGCUACCAGUGGUGGUGCUUUGCCAGUAACCAGUUCAUCAUCCUUUGCUCCUAUCGGUAUCUCUGUCAUGUCAGAGAAUAUGUACGAUGGUACUUUGAACGUGGUUGGUGAGCUGCCGUUUGUGGGUACUACUGGUGUGGAAGGUACUCUGGCUACUGCUGGUGCUGGUGCUAUUAACCACGGCUGCGGUAAUGGACUUAAUGCUAUGUCUGCUCUCAGCGGCACCUCAACUCCCGCCUCCAUAGCCUCAGCUGGAUCCGCCUACGAUGGUCUCUACACCCCUGCCUCCACCUACGGUGCCAACGCUUACGCCUAUGACAGACUGAUGGCCCCAGGAUUUGGACCAGCCACUUCUUACAAUGACGCUUUCUUGGGAGGAAGAGGCCUUGCCUACGAUGGUCUGAACUACGCUUCUGCCGUCGACGGAAUCGAGUUCACUCCUACCUCCGGCGGUGCCCUCCCUGUCUCUAGCGCCUCUGCCAUUGCCCCCACUGGCAUCGCUGUAGCAUCUGACAAUGCUUACGAAGGUGCUUUGACCGCGGCUGGUGAGCUGCCGUUUGUGGGUACUGUGGCUAUGGAAGGUGUGGUGCCUUCUGCCGGUGCUGGCGCCGUCAACCACGCCUGCGGUAAUGGCAGAAACGCCAUGAUCAGCGAGACUACUGGUUUCGGUGCUGCUGGUGCUUAUGGUGCUGGCUUGGGAGCCUUCAGCCCUGCUGCUGGUUUUGGACCUUCAGCCUUCGGAGCCGGAUUCGGUUCAGGCCUUGGUCUCCGCAGCGGUUUCGCUGGCAGAGGAUGUGGCUGCCGCAACUAA